AUGUUGGCCAUGUUCGCCACUCAAACAACCAUCUACGUCAGCUCGACAUGCAGUCACACCUGCAUCACGGCUCACAAAACAGAUUGGGCUAAUAACCAUUACCACAAAAAUACACACCCCACACCACGACGAGCCAUCGAAGCUCUCAUCUACUCUCUCGUACUCUACCAUAUCCCCUACACCCCACUCACUGCCCGUCAACUCAAACACCUCCAGACACAGCUCCGCAAACCCGCCCGCCUUGCUCUCGGCGUGCCACAGUACGCUCCCCUAGAGCACUUACAACAGAUGGACCCCUUCAACACACUCGAGGAGCGAGUCGACUUGCACCGACUGGGUCAACAGCAACGCCUAACAACGUCUCUGCAGGGUCGCUACAUUCUCAAUUCUCUCGGUUACGACACCCUGCACCUCCCUCCCAUCGAAACAACCACACCUCCCUGGGAUACCAUACCCCAAAUCACCGCACUCCCCAUACCCAAACAUAUGAAUCCCGACAGCAACCCGGAACGCCGCAAGCACAGAGCCAAACUCAUAUCCCAAAAACUCGCCACACUUCAGGCACAGCAGCACCUCAUCUACUACACAGACGCCAGCUACGACCGUGGCACCAAACUCGGCCGCACCGCAAUUCACUGUCCCCAGACCAACACAACGCUUAGGCAAACAUACACCGAAGCGCCUUCGGCAGACCUCCUGGAGACUCAGGCGUUGUGCUCCGCCAUUCUCCAUGCCAUCGCCAACCCCCACGAGGGACACACCUCCAUCACUGUCCUGACAGAUUCCCAAAAAGCAGUUCGCACAUUUCAGUACAACCAACUCCCCAACUACAUGUCGCGUGAGCUUCGAGCCGCCCUCAACACCACCCCCACCCUUCGCUUCUACAUCUACUGGAUCCCUGGCCACGCUUUAAUCCCAGGAAAUGAACGAGCUCUUGUGUGGCUUCGAUGCUUUAUCAAAGAUCUGGUAUUUCUCCUGAAAAACGAGCUGAUCGAAAGUCAAAUAGAGCUCUUCAAGGAUAAAGACCCAACAAAAACUGCGCCAGUCACCUAA